AUGAAUGCGAACAGCCUCCCUGAGUUAGCAGAGGCCGACUUCCUCAGUCAGGUAUUUCAAGUUACGCCGGAUAGCUCGGCGACAAUCGUCGAAGACUUGAUCAAGAAAGCUGCAAGUUUGGGCAUCGCAGUGCCGCGAUCGUCCAACGUAUUCGCAAGCGCCGACACACAUGCAACACGCAACACCUCCAGCGCAGACUCGAGCGCCACAUCGAAUACCAGCCAUGCGCGAACUGCUUCGGCCGAAUCCAAGUGCUCAGCCAGCACUACUCUCACGUCUGCCGAUGACUAUAUUGAGCCUGCGCCGAAUGCGCUAACUUGCAAAAGAUCGCGGACUUUGGCGUUCUCUCAAUAUGACAAGUACCUGAGUCAAGUUGACCCCAACCUUGGCCAACCAAAGGUCAUACACAUUCCUCCACCAACGAAGCGCCACCAUUCAUCGCCCAGUCUGUUCAGUAUCAGCACAAGAAAGGGCUAUCUUGAUAUCAGGGAUAGGAUCUUGUGGCUGCGCGGGAGAAGGAAAACCUCACCAUUUCCGGAAGUUUUUGUCAAUUCUUGUAGCGCAUGUCGAGAAGACUUCAAGCCUGAUCAGACACUUGAGAAGCUGCCGUGCGGCCAUAGCUACUGUACAAACUGUGUUCGAAUCAUGAUCAACCAAUCUACGAGGGAUGAGACAAAAAUGCCUCCACGGUGUUGCACGCAGCCAAUACCAGGGUCAGUCAUCCGGUCACUUCUGAGCCGUGAGGAACAGAUUGCUUUCCUGAAGGCAGUACAGCAGUUCUCCACUCCGUGGGAGAACCGUGUAUUCUGUUCAAAUCCAAACUGUGACGAGUUCAUUCCACCAAAGACCAAAGUCGACCCGAAACACCCCUUCCAAGUCACAUGCCGCGAAUGUCAUACCAAAGUUUGUGUAAUGUGUAAAAGAGGUGCACAUCCUCUAGGAUAUGAUUGUCCAUCAGAUACGGAAUUAGAAGCCGUCCUGAAAAUUGGCGAGGCAUCGGGCUGGAGGAGGUGUUAUAAGUGUCGCAACUUGGUCGAGCUUACUCAGGGCUGUAGCCACAUGACUUGUCGAUGCCGGGCCCAGUUUUGCUACGUCUGUGGCGGUGUCUGGGACGCUUCUGUUGGGUGUCCCAACUUCUGUAACGGGGAGGAGGAGUUGGAACGCAGAAGACUUGAAGAAGCAGAACGGUUAGCCGCACGAGAGGCGGAAGAAGCCCUCGCGAAAGAAGAAGCCGAGAAAGAAGCUGCAGGCAGAGCUGAUGCCGAGAAGCGGACCCAGGAGUCUAGAGAAUUUCAAGUAUUGCGAAAGGUUCAAAUAGAAGAAAUGGAGCGCUUCCGGGUCUACGAAAGGAAGACGAAAUGGCUUAUGUGGUCCAGGCAAUCCCAGGAAAAAUUGGCAUUGGUGGAAAAGCAUUCAAGUACGAUCGAGAAGAUGAAAGAGCGGCAUUCGAAAACAACGACCAAUCUGGAAGAUCGCCAAGUCCAGGCGGAAAUCGAGCUACGCAGCACUUUGGAGCAAAGCGAACGAAAUGUUCGCAUUCGCCUCAAGCACAUGGAAGCCUAUUGCGACGGUAUUGGCCAGAAGACAAAUCCAGAUAUGCCCAAACGCGUUGUCACUGAAAGAGAUCUUCGCGAACUCGGACAACAGUAUAAUUUGGAGAAGAACAUGCGACAAUUACAUCAAGCAAAAAUAAACGUGAUGCGAGACCGGCAAGCAAAGGCUCUAGAGGAGCUCCAACAACGACAGGAGGAUGAGCUGGAAAAGCUCCAGGACAAGAACCGGGCGGAAGUUGAGGCUGUGGAAUCUAUCUUUGCAGACCAGGAGGACACUCUUGCGAUAACUUUGCAUCGACGCAGGCAGACCAUCACUAAGCGCUGGGGUUUGUCUAUGAGAAUAUUGCAGAAAGAGAAAGAAGCAGAGACUGGUCUCAGGUUCUCAAUCCUGGUCCCCAUGGAGUGGCCUCCGGAGAGGGAAUCCUCCGAAGGCGGAUUAUGGGCUGUGGAAGAAUGA